UGAUGGACUGUGCGUGGACGAGUGUGGAGUGAGUGAGUGAGUGAGUCUCAACCUUUAGGAGAACACGACAACGUGAAUCGCGAUUCCCGUUCCAAUUCCCGAUUUCUGGCGUGUCUGGCCGUUCCGGUGAAACUUGAGGCUGCGAGGGUCGAGUCUAUUAGGCGACGGUUGGGGAUUUCCUUUGGGAGCCGUGGCGAUUGGCGUGUUUGUCCGCUUGUCUGACCUACGGGAACUCGGCCAUGAUAGAGAGAGCAGACCCGUAGCACCCGACCCAUCGCUCGUUUUGUGGAAUUACCCUUGGCUGGUGCGAGUGCAAACCUAGAUUGCGGGGUCAGGUUCAACCUUGAUUGGGACGACGGGACUCAUGUCAGCGCUGCAUAACCCGCCGGAGGGUGCGGGUAUGAGUGGGCCCACUUUUUUUAAUCCGGCUGUUUUUCAGUCUGGAGUAGUGGCUCCGCCCGCUUUCACGCCUGCGUCUCAACCGGGAGCUCAGGUGAACUCACGGGCCGCUUCGAUGGAACCUCGUCCGGCUACGGCCUCGGACGGACUACCCGCUAGAAGGAACGAAUCGAGUAUGGAGCCCUAUGGUCAAGUUCCAGUCGACCCCGCCAUGGUCUCGUAUGACAAUAAUAAUUAUGGACCACCCGAGUCCCAGCCUUCUCAGUCUCAGGCGUACUAUCCCGAUUACCAUCAGCCUCAGGCAGAGAAUCAGGGCUAUUAUUAUCCCGAACCACAGGCCCAAUCUUCCAUGGAACCAGGUACUCAAGCGGACAACGCCCCGGUCCAAUAUGAUGCCAAUAGUUAUUAUGAAGCCGGUGGCUAUUAUGAUCCCAACGCGGGUUACUACUCCGGAGGUUGGGAUCAGGCCCAAGUGCCAGCUCAGUACGAGGCGGAGGCCUACCCAAACCCGUCUCAAUAUUCGGACCCCAUUCAGUACCCACCUCCCGAUCCUCCUCAGGCAAUGGAUUCGUAUGACCCUGCUCAGUCGAAGCCUCACACCAUGGCCGAGCCCCAGUCGAACAUUGAACCUCCGAAUGUUGUCCAUGAACCAUCAUUGCCUCCACCCAACAACCCUCUUUCAUCUCGGCCACCAUCCGUGCAGCCGAGCGGCGCGCCUGUGAAUCAGGACAAUGGAGGCGGGACCGGACCGCCUGACGUUGCCGCGCCAGGCCAACGUCAUCCACCGGAUAUUCUCCUGAAUGAUCCGUUCAUGCCCAUUGAUCGAUCUGAUCGCAAUCACUACAUGCAAACGGGCCAAUUGAGUCACGAGUCUGUUCCCGAACUUGAAGCUCCAUAUGCACCCCCGACUCAGCCACGUGAACCCGUGGAUGGUGGCAAUGAGGCCGAGCCAUCGGGCUCAAAUGGGCCGUCUCGCGAUUUGGUUGGUGCCCACGGUGAUCAACUGUCGAGUUCGGGGAUCCCAGGUCCCCUGCCCCCGGAUGGCUCAUGGAACCAACGCGAUAAUGCUGGGGCACCACUCGAGGACCCCAACGCGGCAUCGGCUCCCGCCCAUCAGGACUUGGAUAUUCCCUUGGAUCGUCUAGUGCUGGGUCAAAGUGACCAAAAUCAGGCUCCUCCACCCAUAGCCAAUCCUCAAAUGUCAGUACCCACUUGCUCCAUCACGGCCACAUCAGGCUCAAAUGGCGAUCCAUAUCAGGCUGCACCAACGUCGUCGUCAGUGCAAGACCGCGUGGUCCCUGGCACGAGUGAAGGCACCGCCGGACCGGUUCAGGGAGCAGCUUUUGUGUCUCCGGUAAAACCGUUAGGUCAACCAAAAAUGAUGACCUCCACCCCGACCCUAAAUACUGAGCCCCAAGUCGACCAAGGCGAACAUAACGAAGAGGGAGUGCAGCAACCUCAAGGUGAACGAAGUGAAGCAGUUGGUUCGGAGCGAAAGGACCAAAGUGUGAUGGGACCUCCCCCUUCAACGAAUGUCCGACCCCCUCCACCAAGCUCUACCCGUGAUGUAACCGGGGCUGAUACCCCGCCUUUGAAUGGCCCGAAGAAGCUCGAUUCAGAGCUGGAUCAAGAUUUAGAAAGUGAGCGAUCCAGAGAUUCGGCCAAGUAUCGUCGACCCGAAAAGCCUCGCACCUCAGCCAAAAAUGGUCGUAGACACCAUCAUCGCUCUCCCACUCCUCCCAUCACCGAUGACGAAUCCAGUUCCGAAGAUCAGCCAUUCACUCAUAGUAAAUCCCGGCCAGAGCGACGGUACCGCGGUGACUCACCUCCCCGCGGCACUGAUAAGCGAGGCAAGGACCGCAAACGAGAUCGACGCCCUGAGGACGACCGCAAUCGAUCGCGUUACUAUAGAGAUUAUCGCGAUGAUCGAGAAAGGAGCUACCGUGAUGAUCGAAGCUAUCGUGAUGAUCGGAGUGUCUAUGAGGAUUCCAUGAAUCAGUCGCGACGUGGUGGCGGGGGUGAGCGUCGCCGCGGCUACGACGAUAGAAGAGAGAUCUCGAGGCCUAGUUCUAGAGCUGGGUCCGUCUAUGAUGAUCGUUACUACGACCGAGAGCGUUAUGAUCGGGAUCGCUACGCUCGGGAUUAUGUGAUGCGCCACUCCAGCUACUACCACCCUCAUGCCAUGCCCUACAUGCAGCCUCAACAAUAUCCGCAGAUGUUACCCGAUCGGGCCGCUAUGGACACGUUUGAGAAGCAUUGGAAAUAUUACCUGGCACACCCUGCGUUAUAUGAGCAGUUGAAGACCACCAAUGUGGCCCAGUAUGACAGCCUGAACAACUACUAUCGAAUGUGCGGCGAGUACCUCCGAUUGCCCCCAAUUGUUCCAGUGACGAAGGAACCCAUUCCCGAGCUGUCGCGUCCAGAUAGCCGUGCUAGUGUUCAUUCGGGACAAAGUGAGCAAGAGGCCGCUGCAGCUGCCGUGAGUAGAACAAAAGACGGGCAUGUCCAAAGAGGCUUGCCCAACUUCAAUAAUAAUAUUAAUGAUCAUACAAUGUCCCAACAUCAGUUCCGACCCGUCACCGAUCACGGGAGUCGACCAGAGUCCAGGCAAGAUGGUGGUGUGGAUCAAAGUACGAUUCAAGGCGAUCCCAACGCAGAUCCAAGAUAUCAGCCUACGUUUGCCGAGGAACCGGAAUUGGUUCAAUAUGAGGCUUAUCAUCAAGAUGGAGUUCCUGCGUCAAGCGAUCAUCGACGGAUCACACCAGCCAAGUUCUCGUUUCCACACGUCAAAGGGAUCUUUGGGAUCCACGGGCUCAUGGCCAAGGUCAAUGCCAAGAACCCUUUGGAUGGGCAGAAUGCCGUGGUGGAGAUGCACUCCUUGCAAUCCAUCUUGGCCCAAUUCCCGGCUAGUAAGGAACUGGCCGACUUCCCAGGGCCGCUCGUACCCGGAACAACCCACAAAGGCGAGGUCAUUCAGUUCUGCCAAUCCAAGAUUUCGGCUGCCUCGAAGAGCACUCAGAUUGUGGACCAAGAGUCAUAUGUUCUGCUGUGGGAUCUGCUGAUCCUGCUCUUGCGACAGAAGAAUGCCAUCGAUGGUAGUGAUAUUGCCGAGCUGUUGUUGAAGGAUCGCCACGUCCAAACGCCCUACGCCAAGGCCUCUCAGGAAAACGGAAUUCAAGCCGAUUCGUUGACGAGCUCGACCUCGGAAUUGGACGUGGUCCAUCAUGAUCGCACCUUGAUCACGAACAGCGACAGUCCUCGUGAAUCGGAGAAGAUCACCAUGAAAUUCAGAGACUAUUUGCUCUUUGGUCACAAGAAGGAGGGACUGGAAUACGCCAUGAAGCAUGGCCUCUGGGGCCACGCCCUUUUCUUGGCCUCCAAAAUGGACGAGAGGUCCUACUCGAAUGUGAUGCUCAGGUUUGCGAAUGGCUUGGCCGUGAACGACCCGCUCCAAACGUUGUACCAAUUGAUGUCGGGUCGACAGCCCAUUGCUGUCAAGGAAUGUGCCGACACGCAAUGGGGCGAUUGGCGGCCUCAUUUGGCCAUGAUUUUGUCCAAUCCAAGUGGGAAAGAGGGCCUGGACCGGCGGAGCAUUGUCACCUUGGGGGACACCUUGCUGGACAAAGGCUUCUUGUUUGCCUCUCAUUUCUGCUACUUGAUGGCCAACCUGGACUUUGGUUCCUACACCAACACCAAUGCUAAAUUGGUUCUCAUCGGAUCCGAUCGGACCUUGCCUUUCAACCAAUUUGCCACCAAUGAGGCCAUUCAGUGCACCGAGAUCUUUGAGUAUGUUCAAAAGCUCUCGAAUCCGGAAUACACCAUGAAGUCGUUGCAAUAUUUCAAAUUCGUGUACGCCAUUCGUCUCUUGGAUUUCGGGGUCUCGAGUUCGGCGUUGUAUUAUUGUGAACAAAUUGCGAAAUCUUUAGUGAAAAGCCCAGAACACAUCAGCGGCGAUCUCUUGCCACCGGAACAACUCUUGGAGCAAGUCAUCGAAUUGUCAGAACAGCUCAAGUUUCUGGACCCCAUGUACACGACCCGAGAAGGUGAGAUCAGUGAGAUGGGCGAUCCCGAAUGGCUCACGCAUUUGAAGAGUUUGUCCACCAACUACGCGUAUCAAGCCUACACGACGGACUCGAGUGGAUACCAGUACGAUGCGUCUGCCCAGGGACAGGAUUACGGUGAUUACGCUCAACCCGGUGCCGAAGGAUAUGAGCCAGAACCAAACCAUCAGUACGAUCAGACCAACUAUCCAUAUCCCGCAGAACCCGAGCUCGCGACAAUGACAACCACGGGGAAAGAUCAUCACCCGUCACCCGAAAAUGAGCCGUCUCAAAGAGCCUCUCCGUCCGUGGAUGAUCCCAUCACCAUGCACGCCAUUCCGGAGGAGACUCAGCCCGCAGCCGGUGGUCCCCUCAUCAUGAUGAAUCCCAGUCAACUAGGAGGCUUUCAAUCCGGAAUGCCCGGCCCUCCACCCGUCAUGCCACAGCCUCCAUACCGAGAACGACAGGAUUCGUCUUCGUCCUCGACCCGUCAUCCGUCCGUCCCUCCUUCACCCGUGAAAGCGACUCCACCCGGCGGAGGGAAUUAUUUCAACAACAUCCGGACAGGCUCGUCAGUUCCGCCCCCGUCCGUGGUAGCCCCACCCCUACCCGGUGGCAACAAUCUCCCUACCAGCGUCCAGCCAACGCCAACGCCCCCAGGAGCCAAACCCACGACCAAAGCCAAGGUCAAGGAGCCGCCGAAGGAGGCUGGCCCAGGAAUUUUGGGACGGUUUUUGGGUCGCUUCAUCAAGCCGCCCAAUCAGGCCCAUUUGCCGGAUGAUUCGGCCCAAACGAUUUAUUACGACGAGAACUUGAAGAAAUGGGUGGAUCGCAACGCCAACCCCGAGGAUGAGGCCAACGCCAUGCCGGCUCCCCCUUCAGACAUGGACUUGUCCCGUCACAACUCGAGUGCAGACAUGCCUCUACCCUCCACCAGUGGCGGGUUCAAUGCCCCACCGAGUAUGGCCCCGCCCCUACCGGGUCCGCCGGGCGGUGGUCCGCCACCGCCCGUGGGUGGGAACAAGUAUGUGGCUGGACUCGGAAAACGGCGCGGUCUCGCCGGGCGCAUCGAUGUGUUCAAGAACAGUCAAUCUGCCCCCGUGCUCGUCCCCAGUGAAGCGGGUGGCCCGGCUAUGCCCCCGCCCAUGGGAGCCCAACCACCGAUUCAGCCCUUCGUACCGGGCGCCGUUCCACCUACGACAGAGCCUGAACCGGUUCCAUCGGACGAGGCGCCCGUGACGAAUGCCACCCACGGUGAUGCCCCGCCCAUGUUCUUCAAUCCGAAUCAAUUCGCCCCUGGCCCCAACAACGCCAGUAGUUCAACCCAGCGGAACCGAUAUGCCUAAUGAGAAUCCCGUUUUGAUACACGUCUAUUUUUCAUACAUUCCUACACUCGAACCCAACUUGAUAGCCCAUAUAUACAUAUAUGUCGUGCUUGACCGUUCGGAUGUGACUUCAUCGACUCUCCCGUGACUCGUCCAUGCACCUUUUUUCCUUCCUGUUCUGCCCUGUACAUUUUUGUUAUCAAUUUUGUCCGCUGUCUCGAUCCCUUCCUUUUUUUUUAACCGCUGACCCUAAUUAUUACGAUGUAGAUGCGGCUUCAUUGACUAUUGAGCGCGGAAAGUGGGAUAAAUAAAUGUUGAUGAUCAUUUUAA